AUGCCUGUAGCAUACUCGGCCACAUCAAAUAACGCACGACGCACAAGCCAGCCGUCGACUAGCACCACAUCACCAAAUGCUACGUCCCCAGCAUCUCCCUCCCCCAGCUCCAGCGCGGCGGCUAUAGCGAACACUGUCGCGUCCCCCGCGUCUGCAUCUGCUACUGUGACACCUCCACGCACGAAGAUACUGCUGGUAGGCUUGCGGAGGAGCGGCAAGUCGUCGAUUCGGGAGGUCCUGUUCGCGGAUAUGCCGCCGAAGGAGACGUUCUAUCUGGAGCCUACAAUGCGGACGAGGAAGACAGUAUACGACACCCUCAUACCUCUUGAAAUAUGGGACUGCCCAGGAACUACUACAGCGGAGAACCUUGGCGCGCCGCUGAGCCAAUUCAACGCACUGAUAUUCGUCAUAGACAUGAGAGACCUCUACACACAACCCAUAUCCCGCCUCGUCGAGUGGAUAACGGCAGCAACACGAGACGCGCCGAACCUCAACCUCGAGGUCUUCGUCCACAAGGCAGAGAAGCUACCCGAGGACGACAAGAUCGAGAACUUCCGGCAGAUCCAGGAGCGCGUAGCCGACCGGCUGCUAGACAUAAGCGCGCUAUAUGAGUCGGUACCCCUCAACUUCCAUCUUACUUCCAUUUACGACCAUUCCCUGCGCGAAUCCUUCUCGCGCGUGCUUCAUAAGCUUAUUCCUAGCCUACCGUAUCUUGAGGAGCUUCUCAACGUAUUCUGUGCAAAUUCGCAAUCUCCGAAAGCCUUCCUUUUCGAUGUUCACUCUAGAUUAUAUCUGGCUACCGACGCUUCUCCUGUGGACGCAGCGACUCAUGGUUUAUUCUGCGACUGGCUCGAGCUAUUGAACGCGUUCGGCGGCCUGUUCAAGUACGUACGCAUUAUGGGAUGCUAUGCUCGCGCUGACCAUCGACCAGAUCUUCAACUGCACCGCCACGGCCCACGAAGCCACCGCUCCCUCCCCCAGAUCCAUCCUCGAAUCACAGCUCUACCGUCGUCUCGCCUUCCUUGUCGCGCACAGGAUCCGCCUCCACAAGCGAGUUCGGCGGCUCGACAGCGAACGGUGGAAGCAAGAGCGGCGCAAGCAGCACACUGA